AUGACUAUUCCUGUCAAGGGAGCAAGUGAAGGAGACACUGUUUUUCUUAAUCGCAUGAUUGAAUGGGAUAGUCAUAACCACAUGAUCCUCACAUGGAUUUUGAACACUUCCAUUCCCUCUAUUUCCAAUCUGAUGGGCAGCUUUGAUGAUGCAAAAUCUGCAUGGGAUAUGUUGGCCAAAAGGUACUCCACUACUCAUGGAUCCCUGAAAUAUCAGUUAGUGGUUGAAUUACAUCAACUCAGGCAAGAACCAGGGCAAUCCAUCAAUGACUAUUAUGAUCAGCUUCGCUUUAUUUGGGACCAAAUUGACCUUUCUGAUCCAACUUGGACGUGCUCAAAAGAUGCUCAACAAUAUGCUUCCAUUAGAGAUGAAUUUCGCCUCUAUGAAUUCUUGAUGUCACUUCACAAGGACUUUGAGCCCAUUCGUGGUCAGCUACUCAAUCGCAGUCCUACUCCCUCUCUUGAUACUGCUGUAAAUGAGUUGGUUAGAGAAGAAGCUCGUCUUGCAACCCUUCAAGCCCAGAAUAAGCUCAAUGUUUUGGCUAUUACUCCAUCUACUCCACUCAUAGAGCAACCCCAGCAAUCAGGUGAUUCUUAUGGCUCUAGCAAUCGUCGCAAGCAGACCAACAAAAAGUUCUGCAACUAUUGCAAGCGUCCUGGCCACACCAUUGAGACUUGUUACCGUCGUAACAAAUCUACUGCUGCUGUUGCUAAUAUUGAGCCUACUCCGCCAAUGGCUUCCACCUCAGUUGAGUCCAAGUCUUCUGGAUCUACUAUCAACCUCUCCUCCACUGAACUACAGGAGAUCAUAGCUCAGGCUGUUCGUAUGGCUGGUAAUGCAUCUCUUUCCACUGCCUUAUCUGUUCUACCUGGAUCCGAGGACGGGGCAGGAGCUUGGGACCGGUCCUAGAGUUGGGCGUAUGUUUCCCGUGAGCAAUCUUCAUCUUCCACCUGUUGCUCCUGUUUCUAUUGCUACUGCAGCUGCUGCAGUUUCUUCCUUACCUUCUCUUGCACUUUGGCAUUCUCGUCUUGGUCAUGCAUCAUCUUCUCGGGUACAACAGUUAGUG